ACAUUCCCUGGAGAAUAUAUUCUUGUUGUAACAUUCCCUGGAGAAUAUAUUCCUGUUGUAACAUUCCCUGGAGAAUAUUUUUAUGUUGUAACAUUCCCUGGAGAAUAUAUUCCUGUUGUAACAUUCCCUGGAGAAUAUAUUCCUGUUGUAACAUUCCCUGGAGAAUAUAUUCCUGUUGUAACAUUCCCUGGAGAAUAUUUUUAUGUUGUAACAUUCCCU